UAAAGGAUGCCGAAAUAACUAUACCCAUCAACAAUCCAACAAACAUUUGAGUCGAAUUACAUUACUACGUCACGGCCCACCACCUGUCACCGCCUCUUUAUGGAUCGCCAAUGAAUCGAGAAAACUGUGGAUUCGUGGAAUCUUUUUGUUCGAAACCCCCUAAGGAACAAAUAACAUCCUUGCAUAGAAGCAAUACCGCACCUCAACGUUGUCAUAUCGCAAAGCCAGUCUCACGCUCGGCGGAUACUACGGAUCUCGUCAACAUGUCUCUAUCCAGGCCAUCUUCUGAAAGACGUCCCCGACCAACGAACCACAGAUCCGCCUCAUCGUCGGAGAACUCCACCACCAGAUCCAGAUCGAAAGGCCGCGGCCAUGAUUCAAAAUUAUCUUCCCGUCGCACUUCUUGUACCAUUGUAGACCCUUCUAGGCCAUCUCGACAUUAUCGUGUAAAGAGCAGCCAUGCUACAUCACCCGCAAGCCAGGACGUCGACGAUGUUCUCGCCCUUCAUUUCCGCAGUUGCAGCCUGUUCUCGAAUCCUUCUUACCAAGCCAACUCCGCCUUACCGAGUCCAACCUUGUCUCAUCAGGAUAACCUGGGGUUUCCCGGUGCGGCGCCACGUUUCAGUAUGGAUGAGAUGGCCAUGGUUGAGGAACAUGUCUCAUUGCACGAGGCCGAGAGCGCACGGCUUCCGGUUCCAGCUACCACCACGCACUGGAUAUCGCCCAGCACACGGAAGCGCGACUACGAGCGGAUUGACAAACAAAACAACGGUCUCCGAGGUCUAGUCAGAAGGGUGGUUCCGCGCUGUGUCUCAAGCCCGCCAGAGAGAUUCUACGAGAAAGAUCAGUCGGACGCUGGAUCCGUUCGACGCUACAGGUUGGAUGUUGUCGAAAACUGCAUCAAAGAGAAAGAGGCCUCACGACGCCCCCAGACGUCGCAGUCGCAGCGGCCCAAGAUGAAGUCGCGAUGGACCUGCUUCUGAACUCAACACACAUACGAGAAACGGCAGUACAAACGUUUUGCAUAUUCGCGCCACAUUACGAUACCCACGGCAUUUGCGCUUGUUGGAUUUUACGCACUAUACCUACCUACCUAGAGCCUAGCCCUUUGAUCUUUACACUAGCAUGUCAUUAAUUUCUAGUAAAUAUUUAGUAGAUGGCCAAAAGCCGAGAGAAGCCGAGAAUGAAGUUAUACUAUAUCAUUAGUGCACGCGAUCUCUGAUGGUGUUCACGGAUUGUAUGACAAGCAGAUGUCACCAUGCUUGAAGAUGU